AUUGUUUGUUGUUAUGGGAAACGCAGAAAAGUUUUCACACCACUGACGUUUAUUUCAUUCGUGGUUGAGUUUCGUUCUAGGUUGGAUUAAUUGGUAAGUUCUUAAUGAAGUUUGAUAUUAAAAUUAGCGUAGAUUUAAUAUACGUACAUUUCGAUCGCCAGGCUCAAAAUGGAUGGUUUACAAGGAUCCAGUACGAACGUUAACCGGAAACGGAGGAGCAAUUUCCUGACGCUGGUGGAGAAGGUUCGCAUAAUUGAAGAUUUUGAAGCAGGAGGUGGUACGCAUGACUUUCUUGGGAAGAAGUACGGCGUAGGAUCUUCUACGGUCACGAGAAUAAUCCAAAAGAAAGAACAAUUCGUGAGGCGGUGGACAAGUUCAAGGAAUAUGGUGAAAAUAAUCGAAAAACAUUGAAAGAGCAGACGUUCCCUUUGCUGGAAGAAGCUCUUUACAUCUGGAUUUUACAGCAGCGGCAGUCCAACAUUUUGUUGACAGUGGAUAUUCUUAAAGCAAAGGCGGAGCUGCUGUUUAAGAUGUUCCAGGACCGGGGGCUCUAUGCGGUGCACGGUUUUUCUGCUUCGGAUGGCUGGAUGCAUCGUUUUAAGCAGCGGUUUGGAUUGCGCGUGAAAGCCGUAACAGGAGAAAAGGCAUCGGUAAACGUUGAAGCGUACCUAAAUUUCAAGAAGGUUCUACAGAAGAAGAUUCAGGAAAUGCAGCUAUCACUAUCCCAAGUCUUUAAUGCAGAUGAAUCUGCCUUGUUCAUCAAGCUCCUAGCCACACGCUCUGUCGUUACCUGUGAUGAGACCGUGGCAAGCGGACGGAAGCAAAACAAGACAAGGUAUACGUUUCUGCCUUGCUCCAACAUAGAUGGUUCCCUAAAGCUUCCGUUGUAUUUCAUUUGCACUGCUGCAAAACCACGAGGAAUCAACAUCGAAGAACUUCCCGUUUCAUAUAAUCAUUCCAAAAAGGCUUGGAUGACCAGACUGUUGUUCCGUCAAUGGUUCCACGAAGAGUUUGUCCCCGCUGUUCGAAAAUUUUCGGCCGAGAGAGGAUUGGAGCCAAAGGCAUUGCUGGUUCUUGAUAAUUGCACCAGUCAUUAUGACGUUGACGAAUCUCUACAGAGUGACGAUGGACUGAUUCAAGUGAUCUACUUCCCACCAAAUGUAACUGCUGAAUGCCAGCCGAUGGACCAAGCGGUCAUCAAUGCAAUCAAGCGAAAGUAUAAAAGAAAACUGAUGCUCGCAUUAAUUCUGGAAAACGAACACUUAAGUUUCGAAGAACGAUUGAAGAAGAUUAAUCUUCAACAGUGUAUUUCGUGGUUGGCAACCUCUUGGGAGGAGAUAUCUGACAAAACUAUACGUAAUUCGUGGAAGAAAUUGAUCGAUGGUUUGCCGGAGGAUGCUGUUAAUGUAGACUCGAAAGCGGCCGAUGAUGACUUCAAAGCGCUUGUGUCCAGGAUUGACAGUUUGGCAGGAACAAAAACAUCUGAGCAAGAUAUUGAUCUGUGGAUCAAAGAUCAGGUGUAUGAUGCUGAUCAUAAUCCAGAUUGGGUAACCAGUGAAGCGUUCUCUGAUGACGAGAUUUUGUCAUCAGUUCUCAAGAAUGAUCAACCUGAAAUGCAAGAAGAAUGGUUGGUAGACACAGAAGAUGGAAGUAAUUCGUUUGAUACUUCCAUUACUAGUACCGGAGAUCCUGAUUUUGGCGAUGCAAUCGAGUCAAUUGAUUGCCUAGUUCGCUAUAUGAAGCAUGAUGUUGCAGAAGUAUGCCUACGGCGUAGGAUCUUCUACGGUCACGAGAAUAAUCCAAAAGAAAGAACAAUUCGUGAGGCGGUGGACAAGUUCAAGGAAUAUGGUGAAAAUAAUCGAAAAACAUUGAAAGAGCAGACGUUCCCUUUGCUGGAAGAAGCUCUUUACAUCUGGAUUUUACAGCAGCGGCAGUCCAACAUUUUGUUGACAGUGGAUAUUCUUAAAGCAAAGGCGGAGCUGCUGUUUAAGAUGUUCCAGGACCGGGGGCUCUAUGCGGUGCACGGUUUUUCUGCUUCGGAUGGCUGGAUGCAUCGUUUUAAGCAGCGGUUUGGAUUGCGCGUGAAAGCCGUAACAGGAGAAAAGGCAUCGGUAAACGUUGAAGCGUACCUAAAUUUCAAGAAGGUUCUACAGAAGAAGAUUCAGGAAAUGCAGCUAUCACUAUCCCAAGUCUUUAAUGCAGAUGAAUCUGCCUUGUUCAUCAAGCUCCUAGCCACACGCUCUGUCGUUACCUGUGAUGAGACCGUGGCAAGCGGACGGAAGCAAAACAAGACAAGGUAUACGUUUCUGCCUUGCUCCAACAUAGAUGGUUCCCUAAAGCUUCCGUUGUAUUUCAUUUGCACUGCUGCAAAACCACGAGGAAUCAACAUCGAAGAACUUCCCGUUUCAUAUAAUCAUUCCAAAAAGGCUUGGAUGACCAGACUGUUGUUCCGUCAAUGGUUCCACGAAGAGUUUGUCCCCGCUGUUCGAAAAUUUUCGGCCGAGAGAGGAUUGGAGCCAAAGGCAUUGCUGGUUCUUGAUAAUUGCACCAGUCAUUAUGACGUUGACGAAUCUCUACAGAGUGACGAUGGACUGAUUCAAGUGAUCUACUUCCCACCAAAUGUAACUGCUGAAUGCCAGCCGAUGGACCAAGCGGUCAUCAAUGCAAUCAAGCGAAAGUAUAAAAGAAAACUGAUGCUCGCAUUAAUUCUGGAAAACGAACACUUAAGUUUCGAAGAACGAUUGAAGAAGAUUAAUCUUCAACAGUGUAUUUCGUGGUUGGCAACCUCUUGGGAGGAGAUAUCUGACAAAACUAUACGUAAUUCGUGGAAGAAAUUGAUCGAUGGUUUGCCGGAGGAUGCUGUUAAUGUAGACUCGAAAGCGGCCGAUGAUGACUUCAAAGCGCUUGUGUCCAGGAUUGACAGUUUGGCAGGAACAAAAACAUCUGAGCAAGAUAUUGAUCUGUGGAUCAAAGAUCAGGUGUAUGAUGCUGAUCAUAAUCCAGAUUGGGUAACCAGUGAAGCGUUCUCUGAUGACGAGAUUUUGUCAUCAGUUCUCAAGAAUGAUCAACCUGAAAUGCAAGAAGAAUGGUUGGUAGACACAGAAGAUGGAAGUAAUUCGUUUGAUACUUCCAUUACUAGUACCGGAGAUCCUGAUUUUGGCGAUGCAAUCGAGUCAAUUGAUUGCCUAGUUCGCUAUAUGAAGCAUGAUGUUGCAGAAGUAUGCCGUUUGAACGCGCUACGUUCGAAAAUCACUGAAGUUGAAUGGCUAAAACGAGCAUGUUGAAGAACUCUACCAUUUUGUUGAAAAUGAAUUUACGUGGUUUGUUUAAUUUUGUUUGAAACGUUUAAAAUAAAUAUUGUUUUUGUUGAAUAA